AUGGGUUUUGUAGUGUAAAAUAUGUGAAUUAUGAGAUAUUCACCAUGACAAUAGAUGAUGAUAAUGUGAGGUUAUCCAGACUCACACCCAGAACACACACCCCAAAGGCCCGUCCCGUGACAGCUCAGCUCUCGCUGUUGUCAUCGCUGUUGUCCCGCAUCCAGCCGCCACCAACAAAAUGUCGUGCCUGAUAACAAGCCGAUAAGCAUCUUCCCCUCCAAACCACAACCCCGCCAUCUCCGAAUUUCCAGGAACUGCACGACAAUCAACACCACCAUGGCGACAGAACAAACUACUCCAGAGGCCUCUGAGGCAUUCUGGCUAUUUGGCUACGGGAGUCUGAUCUGGAAACCACCGCCACACUUUGACCAACGCCUAACCGGCUACAUCACAAACUACGUCCGUCGCUUCUGGCAAGAAUCCCACGACCACCGCGGCACGCCCUCGCACCCAGGUCGCGUCGUCACCCUCCUCACGCACGCGCACUGGUCUACGCUCGUCGAUGUGCAUGGUGCGCCUGAGAAGGUGUGGGGUGCUGCGUAUCAUAUCCCUGCGAGUAAGGCGGCGGAGGUGAGGGAUUAUUUGGAUAUUAGGGAGAUUAAUGGGUAUAGUAUUGAUUAUGUGUCUUUUUAUCCCUCGGAGGUGGGAGGGGGAAAGGAGGAGGAGGUGGUGCAGGGUGAAGAGGGGGAAGAGAGGGCGAAAACUAUCAAAGCGCUUCUUUACAUCGGGACGCCGGAUAAUCCGCAAUUCACAGGCGCGCAAGACGUCGCCGAGUUAGCAGCGCGGAUAGCGGUGUGUGAAGGCCCGAGUGGGAGGAAUGCAGAGUAUUUGUUUAAUCUUGAGGAGGCGCUGGGGGGGUUGGGAGGGGAUGAACAUGUGUGUGAUUUGGCGCGGAGGGUGAGGGGGGUUCUUGGGGUUGGGGUGGAGGAGGAGCCGAGGGGGAAGGGGGUGGGGAGGGGGGAGCAUGAUGAGGAGGAGGAGGUUGAGCGGUAG